CGUUUAAUGAAUGUGAAGGUCAUAUGGAUGAUUUGGAUCUACCAAAAGAUGCAAAAUACAAAAGCUUUAUUGCGCAAGUUGAUAAGUCCCUCAAAAGUUUUGAAUACUCUACGGAAUGGGCUGACCUUAUAUCUGCUCUAGGACGGCUGAUUAAAGUCAUUCAGUCAAAUACAAAAUGUGGUUACGUUCCUCGAAGUUUUGUUAUUGGUAAACGUCUCGCCCAAUGUCUUCAUCCUGCUCUACCGGCUGGUGUUCAUUGCAAAGCGUUAGAAUGUUACGACGUAAUUUUCCGCACUAUUGGACCUGAACGUGUCGCCUAUGAUUUGUAUGUUUAUGGUCCAGGCUUGUUUGCGCUACUAGAGCCAUCUGCUAUGACGGUUAAGUCACCGCUGUUUGAUAUUUAUGAAGAACACUUGCUUCCUCUUGGGAAAUUGCUUCAUCCAUCAUUUUUAGGACUCUUAAAGGGCUUGCUACCGGGUUUGGAACCAGGCGCGGAAUUCUCUGAACGUGGAAAUCGAAUGUUAGAAAUGUUCAGUUCCUCUGUGGGAUCUGCAUUCUUUUAUACGUGUUUGUGGGAGCUUCUAAUUCGAUGUCCAUCUAUACGACAAUAUGGAAUUUCAUUUAUACUCAAUCAUUUAAACAAACGUAAAUCAUUAGAUAGUCAAAGUUAUAUUUAUGGUUUAGAUAAAAAUAUUCUUGUAGAGAGUUUAUGUUGUCUAUUCGGUGACAGUGUUCUACUAGUACAACGUGAUGCCCUUGAUUUUAUUCUGUUAGCAUUACCAAUACAUUUUUAUUCGAAAACAACAGAGCGUAAUCCAUUUCAGUUUAUCACUAACAAAUCGUUAACAGUGAAAGAUUUCGCUAUGUUAUGUACAGCUUCGUUGUCUAUUUUACUACGUCGUGAUGCAUCUUUGAAUCGUCGUUUAUUUAUUUGGCUUAAAGGUAGCCAGUCAGUUGAGGGAAUGGUUGUGGAUAGUUUAGAUAACCCAUUAAUGACAUGGGCAGACAUAGUCAUGGAUAAAGUGGAUGAUAAACAUGUAUUGGCAUUAAAUGAUAAAAAUGAAAAUAAUAGUCAACGUUAUUUUAAAUUAUACUCACAAAUAAUUCUUACAGAAGCUGUACGUCGUUUAAUCUAUAAUCCUACUUGUUUGCCUAUUCCAUGUCAAUUCAAUGAAAAUCAUUUGAAUUUUUCUGCUAAAUUCACAUUUGGAUCAGAUUUAUCUGCAUUAGUUAUAGAACGAAGCAUUUCCGAGCGUCCAUUUCGUGUUUUAGUCGGUCUAACUGAUCAUCGAGAUAUAGCUCAUGGACUUUUAGAUAAUUUAUUAUUAGAUAUAAUGUGGUAUACUUAUGAAGGUUAUUUAAAAUUACGUUGGCAAACUACAUGUUGUUUGAUGAAUUCAAACCAAAUCAAUAAAUCAUCACAUCGUGAUUCAACAUUAACUAUAUCAGAUUUAGUAAAUCGACCAAGUUUAUGUGAUAAACAAUUACCAAGUAAUAUGACAAAUCUAAUUAAAGAUUAUAUUUUAAUUCGUGAUAGUGCAAAACCAUCGAGUUUACGAACAGAUAAUCAAGGUAGAAAUUUAGAAUAUAAUGGAACAACUUUAGUCGAUAGAGAAGAUUCAUUACCUUCAAAUGAUUCAAAUAUCAAUAAGAUUUCAAUACAACAUUCUAAUAAUCAUACAACUAUUACUACUACUAAUACUACUAAUAAUAAUGUUGUUGAUGAAUUCUUACGUACAUCACAUUUAUUUUUCAGUAAUAUAAGUAGUGAAUUUUUAUGGAAAUUUAUUGAAAAUCAAUUUACUGAGUUAUUGAAUUUAUCAUCAACCAUAACAGUCAAUACAAUCGGAUCAAUGAAUAUACAUCCUAAUAAGAUUAUGUCAUCAUCAUCAUCAUCAUCCAUUGAAUAUGAUAAUUGGCAACAAUCAUCAUUGAAAUUAUCAUUAAUUCAAUGGUGUUCUAUAAUAAAUUUCUUUUUGAAUUGUUUACCAAUUGAUUUGUAUCCUAAUGUUCGUAGUCUAUAUCUUCCACAUUUAAUUAUUCAUUUAACUAAUUGUUUAGUUGAAAAACUUCGAGUUAAUUGUAAACUACAUUAUCAUGAUCAAUCUUUAUUAUCACAGGAAGGUAGUUUUUCAGAGUAUAAAUUAACAUCUUUAGAAUGGGCUAGUAUAAUCAAUUGUUUAGAUACGAUUGUACAUCAUAUUCGUGAGUAUGCAGUGACAAUAUUUGAUCAGUUAUCGAGUCCAGUCAAUUUAAAACGUCAAGAGGAAUUAUUAUUAUCAAAUAACAGUAAUAAUAAUAAUAAUAAUUGUGGUCAAUAUAAUGAAAUCAACAGUAAUGAUAGUAUUGCUGAUAGUCAGGAUAAUCAAAUUUCUGAGGAAUUAAUGAUGAUUGCUAAAGCAGUUGGUCAAUUUCGACGAUUUCUUGGCAUAUUCUGUAUUCAUGUCUUAAAUUUUUCACCAGUUAAAAUGAAUGAAUUUCUUCGAAAAAUUUGUACGGAACAAUUUGAACAUGAUUCUAGUAUCAUUUCGAAUGAAGGAGAAAUAAACAAAAUGAAUGAUAAUAAUGAUAAUAACAAUGAAGACAAAGAAGGUGCUAAAGAAAAAUCUCAUGAAAAAUCUGUAUUGAAACAUAAUCAUCAAGUGUUAUUACCAUCGUCUUCAGUCAGUUGUAUAGAUCUUUUUGCACAAAUUUGCCGUCUUAUUGUGGAGAUGUCCAGUUUUCCUUUAUCUAUUAUGCAUCAAUUUAAAAAUUCAUCAAUGUCACCUAGAAUAAUUUCUACCAGUAAUUCUGAUCUUAGUAUUUUAGAUUUAUUCGGUGGUGAACUUAUACGUCAUGCUGAUACAGGCUCUUUAGAAAAGAACUUUACCGCUGGUUCGCAGCAGCCUGUACUAAACAAUUAUCAUUGUUAUUUUCACUACAGUUUGGGUCGUUUCAUUCUACCACAAUGGCUUGUUUGUUUAUUGUAUGCAUCAUGUGAUCUAGAUAAUUUCAAUAUUAAGUCAAUUGCUUUGUAUACACUGAUUGAAUUAUUUCAUGCAGCUGUUUCUAUUCACGGUUGGAGUACAGAAUUGAAGUAUUAUUCUAAUGACAUCAAUACUAAUAAUAAUAAUAAUAAUAAUAAUAAUAAUAAUAAUAAUAAUAAUAAUAAUAGUGCUGGACAGAUCCAUCCAGGAAACAAUAAUGAGAAUGGUGAUAAAGUACUUCCCAUAGAUGAUAAACAUGAAGCAAAUCGUGGAAUGCGUUUAGUAUUUCCUGUGCUAAGUGGAGAAUUGAUGUCAUAUCUUUCUCAAAAGACAAAUUUAUUCAUGUACUUGGGUGUUUCAUUAUGGCGUUAUCUAUCACCAGAAUAUUCUACUUAUCAUGAUGAUGCAACAAGUUUACUUGUUCGUCUACAUCAAUUAGCUCCUCCAUUGCCAAAAUCUCUUGCUUGUCAAUUAACUCCCAGAAUAUCAGGAAUCACAUCUACUAUCAGUUCUUGUAUUGAAGGCUUCAUUCUUUCUCAAAUGCUUUCAUCUGAUUUAGAUAUUAAAAUAGAUGCACAUUCACGUUUUAUUUUACUGUGGCAUUUAUUGAGAUACUAUGGAUCACGUGUUCAAUCAAAUAUUCAUCCAUUGACAAACACUUCAACUAGUAAUUCAGUUCAUCAGUUUCCGGUUACUAAACGAUCAUUACAUUCUUCAGUUCAUGAUUCUUUUAGACUAAGUGGUGUAUCCAAUUUCAUAGCGGCUGUAUCAUGGAGACGUGCAUUUCUUGGUUUGACUGGAGACAAUAAAGUUGGCAACAGUGAUUUAUCAUCUCCUGGUUUAGGUUUGUACGAUAUUCCUUUCUAUAGAUGUACAUUACUCCUAUUGGAUAAUUUAGAUUAUGAUAAUCCAUUGGGUCCAAUGAGGUCAAUUGGUUUAACAAGUCUAUCACAAUUGAAUCUAAAUAUCAAUAAAAGACAAAUAAAUAAAAAUGAUCAAAAUAUUAAUAACAAUGAAGUAUUUCAUCAAAUUGAUCAUUCAAUUAAUUAUGGAAAUUCUAUACUAAGAGAACAAUCUAUUCUAUGGAUAGAGAAAGCUUUAAGAACUGGUCAAAUAGAUCGUUUGAUUAUACCAAUUUUAGCUAUAUUAUUACAUCCUGGAACAGCUAGAAUUAGUUUAAAAUCCCAUGUAUUAAGACAUUAUUGUCAACAGAUUAAAGUGUCAAAAUCUAAGAAAUUAUUGAAUGGUCCUUUAAAAUCAGUUGAUACAACAGACAUUGACUGUAAACCGCCUUCAUAUGAAGAAGUUGUUAAUAAAAUGAAUACAACUAGUAUUAAUUCUGAAUUUCCACAUAUUAACACUGUUCACACAGAAACACCAUUUAAUCUAAUGAAUUCAAUCCGUGAAAAGUUUCAACGAUUUCAUUCUACGACGGAAUUACUAAAUAAAACAGAAGUAACAAAUGAAAUAAAUACUUCUAAACAACAAGCUGCUGAAGCUGUUCUCAACUCUGUCCUAUCGAUGCGUUUAAUGAAAGAUGAAAAAAAUCAUUCAUUGUUAGAUUAUGUAACAGAUUGGCAUCAUGAUUCUAGAACACUUUCAAUGUUACCUGUCAAUGAACAUUUGUUAGUUUAUCUACAAAAUUAUGAUUCCAACCAAGUGAUUUAUGCUUUCUCUCGUCUUCGAGCAAUUCUAUCUAUAGCUCCUGCUUUAUUUGUUCGUUCACUUGCAUCAUGUACAAUCAAUUCAAUGUUUAGUUUCAAUUUAUAUGGUUUAAAAUUUAUUGAACUUUUAUCAAGACAUCGUCGUUCUAUGGCUGGUUGUAAUUUUUUUUCUACUGUCAGUUCAGAAGAAUUAAGUCAAUCACAACAAAAUUAUACAAAUUUAUUGGAAUUAAUUAUUGAUUUAUGUUUACAAUAUAUGUGUAGUUAUUUACCUUUUAUUACAAUGAAAACAAUAUCAACUAUCAAUACUACUAUUGAUGAUGAUGAGGAGGAGGAUGAUAACAAUUGUACUAAUUCAUCUAUGAAUAACAUGAAUAAAUGUUCCAUUAAAUUUGGUCAUCGUUUCGGUUAUUCUAAAAGUGAAUUUCAUGCUAAUCAAUUUGUACAGAAUACAGCUGCAGAGAUUUUAACAUUGAUUGUUGAACAAUUAGUAUUGAUACAAGAUGAAUGUUUUAAUCCGUCACUGAUGAACUCAGCUUUAAAGUCCAAUUCCAGUUUAUCCAAUGUUAAGAAUUCCUCUUCUAGUACACGUAUACCAGAAUUAUCAUCAGUAUAUUCAACUGGGUCUACAAAUUCAAAUGUUGUUCCUCCCAAUACAAUUACAUUUUCAUCUAUGAUUCAACAAGCUAAUGGACGUCGUCUUGUACAAAAUACCUUACAUCAUACUUGUAUACCAUCUGUUGUUUUACAUUGUUUAGCCUCUUGUAUUACAAAAGUACAUUGGCCUAAAACAGAUAAAAACUGGUCGGAUUAUUCAACAUCAAAUGGAAUCAGAAAACUUCCAACAUGUUUACAAUUAAUACUUGUCAAUGAUCAAUUAUCAAAUUUGUCGAAUUCAUUUCAAACUACACAAUUACAAACUUUAUUAAAACUAUUCAAUGUAAUUCUUCAUUUAAAACCAUGGUAUGGUUAUUCUGAUCGUAUGUCUUUAAUGAAAUAUCAUUAUUUAGUACAACAAAAUUGUCAAACAUCAACAGAAUUAUGUAAUACUACUAAUAAUAGUAAUUUAUUAUGGCCAGUAUGUCCAAGUAUAUUACUAUUAGAUAAUGAAUUAACAAGUUAUGAUUUAUUAACUCAUUAUAUCACUGAUAUCUGGUCAAUCGCUUGUAAUCAAUUACCAAAUACAUUAAAUCAUCAAUCAUUAUUUCAUAUCAAUUGUAUAACAACAUUAUGGUGGUCAUCUAACUCGACUAAAACUUCUUCAUGUAUUGAAAAGGAUCAAUUGAAUUUAUUCAUUGAAUUAUUAUCGAUUGGAUUAUCAUCACCAUUAUCAUCAUCAUCAUCAUCAUCGAAUGAUAAUACACCUAAUUAUUCAAGUUUUUUCGUAGCUCGUUUAGAUUUACAUCCAUUAUGGUAUUGUUUUAUAUUUAAAAGUUUAUCUUAUUGGGGUUGGUUUAUUGGAUCAUUAAUACGUGUUACUAUUAAACAAAUAUGUUCAAGUUUAAAUAAACUAUGUGAUCGUGUUUGUCAGAAUAUACAAACACGUUGUAAUAAUAAUAUUAGAAGAUCACGAUUAUCAAAUACAAAUGAAUGGGAGCUUUUACCACCAGACUAUACAUUAACUGUAUUAGCUUUAAUUCAAGGUAUUUGUCAUGCGUUCCUUCUGUCAGUUGGCAAUGCCUCUUUACCGCUUAUGUCAUCUCGAAAAGUGAAUUCAUUGCAACAAACUAGUGCAUCAUUGCGUGGCAGUAAUCCACCAACUGUUAGUCAAUUAACUGGUCUCCCAGAUUCAAUAGAAGGUGCUUUAGAAAUUGCUGAAAUUCUUUAUCAUCACAAAUUGAAUCCACCAAAUCCAAGUGGACCUAUACCAGAAGUUAAUAAUACUGUACCAGCGUUUGAUCCUUUGUUUCCAUCGCCUCUUACAGAGAAUGUUGACCAUUGUCCAAAUACGAAUAAUCCAUCUGUGGACAAUGUUUCAAAUUUGGAACCAUCUGUCAUUUUGACUUCUGGAAUAGGAGAUGAUAAGGUGGAGACAACAGAAAUGUCAGUUCAUUCUCCAAGUUCUACUGUAAUAUUUUUGAAUCGUGCAAAAAACUCUAAAAAUGUCAAUAUUAAAGAUGAUGUAUUAAAUCCUGAAUUGCAUCCUUUUGUUCAAGCUCAAUUGGAGGUAUUACGUUUAAUGCCUGAUAUUAUUUCAAGUAUAGCAUUCCUUUGGAAUACUGUUAAUCAAUCACCAUUUUGUCAAUUACAUAAAGGAAACUUCUACAAAUCUACUUGUACAAUGACUAGUCGUUAUCCAGAUAAAGAACAUUGGUCGUUGUUAAACUCACCUAUUCCUUCUGAAAGUUUAUCUCCAUUAAUUAGCCUUGGUUCAGCUACUCUUGUUCGUGGCGCUAUUCGUCGACUAUUAAAGCCUAUCGCAACACAACAUCCAGAUCUCUUAUUGGUAACAACCGCUGUAGCUUGGCCAAAUACAACUUUUGAUAUUGAAACUGGUGGUCUACUUGCUGGAUUCGAUUCACUAAUAAACUAUGGCCCAUUGGAUAUGCUUAUACCUAUAAGAACAAAAAGAGAUAAUGGUACUUCAGAAAUUUACUCCAUUCCAUUACAUCAUAAACAAUAUAGUUUAUUAGAUUUAAUUAGUGGUCAAACUUAUGAUGAUAAACAUUAUGGUUCUAUAUUAUCAUCUGCAAUAUUAAUUAAUCAUUUACGUGAUAUUCUACGUCGUCCAAUGAAUAAUUCAUUUUUAUUACCAAUUAUUAAUACUAUUCAAUUACAAUAUAAUUUCACUUCAUUAUCAUCAUCAUUAAUGAAUUCAUAUUCACCAUUACAAGAAAUGAAUACAUCAUUAAUAACAAAUGGAUAUAAAUCAAAUACAAAUUCUGGAGUAAAUUUAAUACGUUUACAAACAAAUUUAUUACAUUUAUUUUAUGCAUGGCUUAUUAUGAAACCAGAAUUUAUAUCAUCUGAUUUAUUAUUAAUAUUAAUACGUGAUUUAAUUAAUUUACCAACAAUAAUUAAUUAUAAUAAUACAAAUUUAAUGAAUAUAACAACAACAACAUCAACGACAACCAGUACGACUAAUACUACUAAUACUAAUAGUAGUAGUAUUACAUUGGGUCUUUCACCAGCAGGAAUAUUCAUGCUUAUCAAAAUCUUCAGUAAAUUUUUAGAAACAGCUAAUUUUAGCGAUGAUAAACGAGAACAAAAAGAGUUACAGGAAUUAUGUCAUCGAUUACUUGAAACGACAGCUUCUAUUGCUGCAUCUGCCUUGCAUCAACCAUCAUGGUUUCGUAAGACUUUACAAGUUCGUCAACUCGAUGGUGAUUUGACCAAUUCAUUUACAUAUUCUCAACCUUUAAAUUCUAUCGAUCUAACUGAUCGUAUAUCGCUUUCAGGAUCUGAUGUUUUUGAGUCUAUUAAUAAAUCUGAUCGACUAGGAAAUGGAUCAUCAGAUUUAGCAAAUUCACAUUCUAUUGGACAACUUAACAAUGCAAGUGAUGUAUUGAAUGAUUUAGAGCAAUCUUCUGUAAAAGAUUUAUAUGAUAAAUCAAUAUCAAUACCAUUGCCUUCAUCAUGUUAUUCAAAAUCACGGCAUUCAUCUGUGAAUUUGUUGUCAAAUGAAAUAACACGUAUCCGAAUGCGUAGCGAUGUGACAAUACAAGCUAUUGAGUUGUUAACAGAGAAUAUGGCUAUAUUUUUGGAUUUAGUGUAUAAAAGUGAUGAAAAAGAUCGUGUAACAACAUUUUUAAACAAUAUUUUGUGCAAUAUUUUCCCUUAUCUUCGUGUUCGAACAUUAAGUAAUUCAGAUCAUUUUACUGUAGCCAGCAAAUUAAUUGCAUCGAUUAGUAGUUAUCAAUAUACACGUAAAUCAUGGCGUCGUGAUGUUUUGGAUUUAUUUUAUGAAUCAGUAUUUUUUCAAAUGAGUCCAAUUGCUUUACAAAGUUGGAAUUUGAUCAUUGAUAAUUUAAUGACACAAGAUAAAAGUACAUUUAAAGAAGCAUUAGCUCGUCUUGUAUUCGCUCAACCGGGUGGUUUAAAUUUAUUUACUAGUAAAGAGAGUGAAUAUGAUCUGCGUGCUGCCUGUUUGAAAAAAUUAUCUUAUCUAGUCUAUGCAAGUGAACCGGAUCAAUACGCGAAAGCAAUGCCUGAUUUAUUAGAACGUCUUGCUGAAUGUCUACGUUUAGGUCAAGGUAUAAUUCCAGUGGUUCAUACUCAAGUGUUUUUAUUUGCUCGUGUCUUAAUAUCUCGUAUGUCAGCUAUACAAUUGAAUUCUUUAUGGCCUAUAGUUGUACCAGAAUUGUUCCUCACAUUCAAAUCCCUGUCUCAAGCAAUUCAAGAAUGCGUUUCUAAAAUUCAAUCAAGGAAAGCCAAACUUGAUGCCUCCACGUCGUCGUCAUCAUCAUCAUCAUUUCUGUCUACUUCACAAAUGAAUUUGUAUAUUAGUGCAUGUAAAUUGUUAGCUACAAGUUUAUUAUAUCCAGAAUAUAGACUGCCACAAUUUUCCUAUUAUCAAUGGGCAUUUGUCAAAGAUAUAACAUUUGAUAAUUUAACUAACCAAGAAGAAAUGACAAAUGUCGCCACAGUGAAUAACAAUCGAAGAAUAUCGUUUCUUCCGUUCCUUUCCGAUGUUCUAACACAAAUUGAAAAAUUACAAGAAGUUGACAUAUCGAAUGGUAUUGAUAUAACAUCUAUGGAAAAUUCAUCUACUUUAUAUCAAAGUUGUUUCAGUAUUUUGGCUUUAGAUAAACUUGUCAACAUUUAUACACUGAAACCAUUCUUUGAAAGUUUACAUAACAGUUCAAAUGUUGAUUCAUUACGAAAUUCAUUCAAUGAUAUCCCAGUACUUGAUGGCUUCCUUCUUGAACUAGCUAUAGAAGCAUCUUUAGCUCAAGACUUUCCUGAAACUAUUGCAUCUAGAUAAUAAUAAUAAUAUCUAUUUAAAUCUUGAUUAUUACAAUUAUCAUACUUAUUACACAGAUUUACACUACCUCUUAUCUAACCAAUGAAAAUUUAAGAAACAACUUUGAAUAUUUAUGUUCCUUGGUCUAUUGAAAUCACAUAAUCGAACUUGUGCACCUAUUGUCUUUCUAACCUUCUCACUUUCUUUAUGGUUUCUUUCUUCGUUUUGUACACAAACAUCUUAAAAUUUAGGAAAUUUUAUUAUUCAAUAUGUUGUUGUUUUUGUUUAUUUGUUUGUUUGUUUGUCCUAUUGAUUCAUCUAAACACUUUACGUAAUCUAAACCCAUCAUUAAGGCUGUGGCUUUCUCUAUUUCUCAUCUUAGUUGUCGAUUUUCUUUUCUCCAUACUACUACUAUUACUAGUACCAAUACUACUACUAAUACUACUACUGCUACCACAACCACUCAUACUACUACUUUAUAAUAAAUUACCCAUAUAUAUGCUUGUAAGACACCAAUUUCCAAAGAAUAUGAAAGAUGCAAAGAUAUCAUCAUUCCUAAAUCAUCAAACAAAUGUGAUACAUAAAUGAUCCUAUUUCUUUCCAUUCAACAUUAUUGUUUCAUUUCAAUGUUUAUGUAUUUGUUUCUAUGUGAAUAUAUUAUUAAAGUAUAUGA